AUGGCCGUUCAGGAGCUUGAAAGAGAGUGCAAUUACAAUGGCCAGCAAAGCGUGGUGAAACUUGUACACGAUUCAGACAAAGAUUUGUUUUCAGUUGAUGGGCUGAUACCGUUGUUGGCGGUGGAAUCUGAUGAAGAACAGUCGACUGGUGACUGGAAGAGCCGAGUUCUCCAGAAGUUUGGGGUGCUUGUGGAAAGAGACGAGAACAAUAACAAGUGGAUUUCGCGUGAGAAGACUUGGGAAUUAUUAAAAGUAUUGGGGGUUCAGGACUCUUUUCAUGGCGAUUUAGGACUCGGACAAGAUUUGCAGACACACGACACAGAUCAGGACGACGACGACGAAGAAGAAGAAGAUGAAGACAAUGCGGGCGAGGAAGGAGGAGGGGGAAAUUUUAGCAACGGUGCCGCUAUAAGAACCAAUACUAUCCGGGGUGAAGAGCUGGAAACCAGAGAGUUCAGCACGGACUCUCCUCUCAAGAGAGCAAUAAACGACCACAAAUUAGGUUCACCAUUAAAAAAGCUGAAACCGGCAGAAACGUUUAAUUCGGCAGAGUUUUUUACCCACGAUCUGCAACUAUCGUCUCCACUCACAGUACAACCAGCCAAGAAGCCUCUAACAGACUUUCAGCCCGAUGACCGUGUUAAGCUGGAGCAUUUACUACAGCAUAUUUUAUUUCCGGAUGGCCAAUCCGUUCAAUUCGAAGCCGCCCUCGCAAAUAUGGGCAAUUCAUAUUCACAAACGCGACUGAAUCUCGAUAUACCCAUCGAUGAGCAUGGGAAUACCGCGCUGCAUUGGUUGUGUUCGAUAGCAAACGUGAGACUCACGAAGGAUCUGAUACGGAACGGUGCUGAGAGGCUUCUUGGAGAUAAAACUGGGGAAUCGGCCCUCGUAAAAGCUGUGAAAUCUGUUAAUAACUACGACUCGGGUACUUUUGAGGAAUUGUUAGAUUUCCUUUAUCCUUGCUUGAUAGUGGUCGAUGAUAUGGGAAGAACUGUAUUACAUCAUAUUGUAAUUACUUCAGGAAUGCCGGGCUGUGCCGCGGCUGCAAAAUACUAUCUGGACAUUCUUAUGGGGUGGAUUGUCAAAAAGCAGGCACGCGAAUUUGACGGCGAAAGAGACAUUAUACUGUCAACUUUAGACCUCAAAUGGUUCAUUAACUGCGUUCUCAACGCCCGCGAUAUCAAUGGUGAUACUUGUCUCAAUAUUGCCUCGCGUUUGGGUAAUGUAUCAAUAGUCGAGGCUCUGUUAGAUUACGGAGCAGACCCUCGAAUUUCUAACAAUUCUGGUUUGCGGCCAGUGGAUUUUGGCGCGGGCGCUACAAAACUCGAAGCCACUCAGUCUCAUGACGCCGAUGUAGACAGGUCAAUGGCUGCUUCGGGUCCUGAUUCUACAGUACUAAUAAACAACAUUCAGACAUUGAUAAACACAAUUUCUCAGGACUACGACAUGGAGAUCAAGCAACACAAGGAACAGUUGUCAAAAUUACACGCAGAUCUCAAUGAUCAACGAAAGUUGUUAACAGCUUCGAGAGACAAGUUGGCACAAGGCCGCCAGCUUCGUGAUGAUCACACACAGCUAACCGAACAAAUUUCGAAUAUUCACCAGGCGAUUGUGGAAGAAGAUGCCGACUUUAAGAAGGUUAGUGGCGAGCUGGGAAUCGACGAUGAAUCCCUAGACAUGGCAGAAUUCGAUGCUGACGAGCCAUUUCGCAUUGAUUUCAUUUACGAUUUCUUGGAGAAAAAGUUACAAUCAGAGUAUUCUGGGGAUCUCAAACAAUUUUUAGACAAUGCUUCAUUGAAUAGCCUUUUAUCUCAACUAAUGACCGAGAACUCAGGACAAGAAGAGAGCAUCCCCCCCGAAGGCUUGCUACGUGCGAGAAUAUGUGCCUAUGAAAAGAAUGAGCAUAAGCUCAACGAGUCUCUACAAGCCGUACGCGAAAAACAAGCUCACCUAGAGGGGAGAUUCAGACGUGUUCUUUCGCUUUGCUUGAAGGUUGACGAAGAUAAGGUCGAUGGUAUGCUUGAUGGUCUGCUACAAGCUAUAUCAACUGAAGACCCGGAAGACAUUGACACUGAUGAACUGCAAACCUUUUUAAGUAAGCACACGGUAUGA